GUAUAAGUAGUGUCCUGAUCUUUCUCCUCAGUAAUUCAUCUUCAGAUUCUCCCAGGAGUUUCGACCCCUGACCUCCAAGGAUGGAUAACGCCACAUACAGCUACAUGAACGACUGCACUCCACUCACUAACUGUAAGUCCGGCCGUAAGGCUGGCGGCUCCACGGUGGUCAACAUGAGCCAUGCGGGCAAGAAGCCACCAAACGACUACCUGAUCUGGUCGCUCUGUAACACUCUUUACGUCAACUUCUGCUGCCUGGGAUUCAUGGCUCUGAUCUACUCCAUCAAGGCUCGAGAUCAGAAGACCUUGGGCGACAUGCGUGCAGCACAGGAAUGCUCAGACAAAGCGAAGUGGUACAACAUUCUGGCAUCGGGCUGGAAUCUCUUGAUUCCUCUGCUGCUGUUGGGUCUGCUGGUCCUGCUGGUGGUUCAUCUGGGCAGCUCAGAGGGAACGUUUGAUUUCUUUGGUGAAGAUGGAUUCCAGAGCUUCAUGAAGCUCUUCAGCAGGUAGACAGAGCGACUCGAACAAUCCCACCACCAAAAGCUCAUGCAAACCUUCUGGACUGUUCACCCUCUCUCCACUUUACCAGCACCAUUUCUUCAGCUGUGUGAUGAAUUUGAUGAGUUUUUUCUUUUUCAUAAUUAAUGUCAGUGUACUGUAUAUUAACUCAUAUCUACCCAGUUCUAUUUUGUGAAGUAA